GAGAGCUUUUGCUCAGCUUUCACACACAUAUACACACACGCACACACACACAAGGAGAAAACUCCCGUUUUGCCCGACUCAUUUAUUACAUCCCGACGAUCGUAAUAGAACGUCUCAGAUAGUCUGGCUCGCCCAGUCAGCGAACAUGGCUUCUAUCUGAAACGAAUCGGCAUCGUUUUACGAAAGUGUAAAAGCGACACUUGGGAUCGAUAUCGUUUUUGCUGUUGUGUCUACGUUGUGUGCAUUGCAUGACAUUUGUGUAGAAAAAGGAAGCGAGAUAAGAGUUGAACAACAGUGUAAUGGCUCGGCCUGUUUCCGUCUGUUUUACCUGUCUCGAUUGUUCCAGCCAGUGGUUUUCUGUGCCUAUUGUGUGUGUGUUGUGUAUUAAGUUGGUCUAAACUCCUCUCACCCCCAGUCGUUGCUUCCCCCCCUUGUGAAACAGGGGCUUUCCAACGCCUUCCAGCAUGAGUGCGAUGAAACACAACCAGCCCAGGCACAGUUCCAACUCUCUCAGCAGUCAGGCUAGUCUGACAUUGCAAGCCAGCAGCCAGCCUGGAGCAGGGAAAGGCAAAACCAGAAAAAGCAAAGAUCACUCUCCACCUUCACCACUGCUUCCAGAAGGAAACUCAGUCGCUCAGCAACAGCCAUGCUCACUGGCCAUUCCCAUCACCUCCUCAUUCUCAAAGCCGGCCAACAAGCAAGGAUUUCGUUUCUCCCUCAGACGAAUGCUCUACAACAGCCCGUUGGUCUCUCAACGCAGAGCCAGGAGUCUCUCUGGUGGAAACAACCUUUCCGGGAACCCUGCACCCAGCAGCAGCAGCACUGGGGGUUUGCGAAAAAGGCAGUCUCCCUGCACAUCCCGAUAUGGAUCUGAAAGCCCUUCAGAUACCUCCAGCACUUCUCAGUCAGAGCUCCGUGUUCCCAGCAGAUCUCUCAGGUGUCCUAUAUCUGAGAACUGGGAAUGUCCUCUCUGUUUGGCUGAAUGUUCCAGCGAAUUCUUUCCCGAGUUGCUGUGUUGCACGCAUCGGUCGUGCCUAGAUUGCUUGCAGCAGUACUUGCGAAUCGAGAUUUCCGAGUCACGUGUCAACAUCAAUUGCCCAGAAUGUUCCGAGCCCAUGCAUCCCAACGACAUUCGAUUGAUAUUGAAUAAUGAAACCCUUCUGGAAAAAUACGAGGAUUUCAUGCUUCGUAGAGUGUUGGCCGCCGAUCCGGAUUCGCGUUGGUGUCCGGCACCCGAUUGUAAUUUUGUCGUUCUGGCUACCGGUUGCGCCAGCUGCCCCAGGCUCUUGUGCCAGCGCCCUGGAUGCGGCUCUUCGUUUUGUUAUCAUUGCAAGGCUUUAUGGCAUCCCAACCAAACCUGUGAUGCUGCCCGAGCCCAGCGAUCUUCCAUUUAUGGCUCGUCGUCCAAUUUCAAAAAUACUCAACGUGACGACAUUAAACCGUGUCCCAGGUGCGCUGUCCUCAUAGCCAAGAUGGACGACGGUUCCUGCAACCACAUGACGUGCGCUCUGUGCGGCUCCGAGUUUUGCUGGCUCUGCAUGAAGGAGAUAAGUGAUUUGCAUUACCUCAGCCCGUCCGGCUGCACCUUUUGGGGCAAGAAACCCUGGUCGAGGAAGAAGAAGAUACUCUGGCAACUGGGCACGUUGGUCGGCGCUCCGGUUGGCAUCGCUCUCCUCGCCGGCAUCGCCGUUCCGGCCAUGAUCAUCGGCAUACCCAUCUGGGUUGGCCGGAAGCUCUACGCCCGCUUCAAAACCGUCGCCAAACACAAACGCAACCUCAUCAUCACCAGCGGCGUUGCGGCUUCGGUGCUGGUAGCGCCGGCCAUCGCCGGAGUGGCCGUCGGAGUCGGAGUGCCGAUUCUGCUGGCCUACAUUUACGGCGUCGUGCCCGUCUCUCUGUGCCAGAACGGCGUUUGCGGAGUCUCGGCCUCGCCGCUCGGAGUGCGCAUCGAUUUCGACGACGAGGACGAUGUCAUCGGCGUUGUAGGCAUCGGCGCCGCCGGCGUGGGAAGCGCCGGCGGGACGGGCGUCGGAAGCGGAAGCGGCGGCGACGCAGGCGGCGCUGGUGUCGGCGGCUGCCGAGGAAGCGAUGACCUUAUCGCGAUGGAUGGCAACGCCAACGAUAGCGGCAGCAUCGGCGGUCCAACCGCCUAUUAUUCCCGCGGCAGCGCCGCCGGCGUAGGCGGCGUCGGACAGAAUAAACGCAACACGGACGCCGUCUCGCUCGAUCACGCAACUAACCUUGGCCUCGUUGGAAACCCUUCCAUCGGCGAAGCCAGCGUGGCGUUGUCGGCUUCCGGAUCGGCAUCGCUGGGCAGCGCCAGUCAGCUGUUUGUCCGCGACAGAGACCGCGAAAGCGACCGUGAAGACUGCGAAUCGGCCAGCCAACUGGGAUUGGCCGGCAGCAUCGUCUCGAACGCUUCGGCCGCCCGCCGAUUGGAAGUCCAGGCGGAACUGGUGGCUAUGGCCGUCUGCUCGCCCAACAAGCGAUCCAGUUUCGCCUCUUCGGAAACGGCCUCGGCCACCAUCAGCCUCUCGGAGAGAUCCAACACUUUGUCGAUGGCCGACGACGGAGCCGCUUCUGUCGCCUCAACUCGAGCAUUGGCCGGCUCGCUUCUCAGCUACAAGAUGGGAGAUACAGGUUCCGUUCAUAGUUACCGCAUCCCGCACACCGGCCAAACAUCGGCGUCGGCGUCGGGAAGCGUCAAGUCUGGCUACGCUCCCGUUGAAAUUCACGCUUGCCUCAAUGAUGGCGAUGAUUUGCCUGUUGGCGGCGCUCGCUCCUCCAGUCCUGUUUCUAUUAUCUCACUGUCCGGCGAUGAGGUGACGCUGCCCGGUUUGGUCUCCCUGAGACGCUCUGCCCGUCGGGCCCGCUUCGGUGGCAAUAGCAUUCAAGCCAGCGGCGCGCUGGCCAGCGAUAACGAGGAUCACGGUCAGGUGCGAUUCGACGAUCAAGUCAGUUAUUUUGAUCGGACGACUGUUGCUUGUUCUCCGACCGCAAUCGACGCAUCCGAACGAACUGCAACGCGCUGAAUGAAUAACUCUUCGGGCCAUCCACUUCAAUUGACUCAGACAUUUAAAACUUAAGCGCGGAAAAAGAAAAUGAAUGUGUGUCCAGCCAGUUUAUACUAUUCUCCCUUUUUUUCAAUGGAAUUCAUUUUUGUUUUUGUUUUUCCAUGAAAACAAUUGGAAAGUGAAUUUUUCUUUUUUUUUUUUUUUUUUUCAUUCUAUGUUUACGCAGUAUUUUUUUUUUAUUAUUAUUUCCAAGAUAUAUAUUCUCCCGAUAUUGGUUUAUUGUGGAAGAUACUAGCUCUGGUUUACUGUGAUCGCUCGAUGUAGUACUUGAGAAAAAAAAAAAGGGGGAAUCAUUUGAAAUUUUUUUUUUUUUUUUUAUGUUUCUCUUCCUGUUUGAAGAUCGUCCUUUUUCCUCUUCGCCAUUUUCAACAUUUCAUUCUCCAUCUUUCCGAUGUAUCAAGAGCUUUCGUGCACUCCCUUUAACUUAGUUUUCGUAUUCGUAUAAACCUGUCAAUUUGAUUUUCAUUUGAGGGAGGUGUAGGAAUGGAUAUAUAAAUUUUUUGUUGUUUUUUUUUUUUUACUUACUUAGUAUCCCGGGACGCGAAACGGAUUGAUAUCAGUUUGUAUAUGAUUUAAACACGAAUUUUAUUCAUUUUUUUUUACGUAGCUUCUCUUCGAAGGACAUUAUUCCCUCCCAUAAGUUUCGUCCUUUCUUUCAACCUUAAGAAAUAGAUGACAUUUCUUUUGCUUUUGUUUUUCUCGGUUUUGUUUUGUCUAUAUGUUUUCUUUGUACAUCACCAGUUGAAUGGAUUGCCUUUUCCGUUUUCUUUUUUUUUUUAAUGGGUUCAUUUCGUCUGGAAUUUUAAAGUUGCCUAUUUUUAAACAAACAUCUUUUAAAAUCCCGGAGUGGAUGGACCCUACCUAUUUCUAGUUGGUUUUCGGACUAUUUUUUUUUUUUUUUCAAAGGCGAAUGAUAAAUACAAAUGAAACUGACUAUCA